UCUCUUCUCUCUCUUCUCUCUCUCUCUAUCUGAAGCUCGGUCUGAGCGAAAGAGAGAGUCGGAGAAGAACAAAUACAAGGCCAUGGCGAUCGCUGCCACUUUCAGUUCGUCGACAUGCUCUAUUUCCCUUCCCAAGCUCAACUACCACUGCUCUUCAUCUGCUUGUUCUUCCUCCCUCCGCCUCUUCGCCCCUUUCAAACCUUCCAAUUCCGCCUCAUCGUUGACAUGGCAGGCAAAGCGGAGACGGAAGCCGAUGAUUGUUCUUUCCUCCGGUGGAGACGGUAGCAGUGGUGGAAAUGGCGGGGACUACAGUAGUGGCGGAGGUGGAGAUGGUGGUGAAGGGGAUGAUGCCGGAGAUAAGAACAAGGAGGAGGCUGUCCUUGCGCUUGCGGAGGUAGGCAGGUCUAUGGAUAGUAUGCCUUCGGAUCUAGCUUCGGCGAUUGAGUCUGGGAGGAUUCCUGGAUCGAUUGUGUACCGAUAUUUUGAAUUGGAGAAGUCGCCGCUUUUCCGGUGGUUGCUUCAGUUCGGAGGCUUCAAGGAACGGCUCCUGGCUGAUGAUCUCUUCUUGGCUAAAGUUUCUAUGGAAUGCGGCGUUGGUAUCUUCACUAAGACUGCUGCAGAGUGGGAACGAAGGAGAGAGAAUUUUUUCAAGGAGCUGGAUUUUGUUUUGGCUGAUGUGUUCAUGGCCAUCAUUGCAGAUUUUAUGCUUGUUUGGCUUCCUGCUCCUACUGUCUCUCUACGACCACCACUUGCAGUCGGUGCUGGACCUAUCGCUAAGUUCUUCCGUGGCUGCCCUGAUAAUGCCUUUCAGGUUGCAUUGGCUGGAUCAUCCUAUUCACUUUUACAAAGAGUAGGUGCUAUAAUGCGUAACGGGGCCAAGCUUUUUGCAGUUGGGACCAGUGCAUCUUUGGUUGGUACAGGUAUAACCAAUGCCUUGAUUAGUGCAAGAAAGGCAGUGGACAAGGAUUUUGCUGGUGAAGCUGAAGAUGUUCCUGUAUUAUCAACCAGUGUUGCGUAUGGUGUGUACAUGGCAGUGUCUAGCAAUCUUAGGUACCAAAUACUGGCUGGUGUAAUUGAACAACGGAUUUUGGAACCAAUGCUACACCAACAUAAGGUUGUAUUGAGUGCACUCUGCUUUGCUGUUCGGACAGGCAACACAUUCUUAGGGUCAUUGAUGUGGGUGGAUUACGCUCGUUGGGUGGGUAUUCAAAAGAUACGUGAAUAGAGCAGACUGGAGUAUUACAGGUUCUUAAAUGUAGUUUUCAGGUUUUCUCUUUUUCUUUAUCAAAUUAUCUAUCUAUUGAAAUCGGUUUUUCAAGAAAUUUCUUAAGAGACUCGAUUAUGAUUGUUGGAGCUGCUGGUCUCCCAUGCAUGUAAUGUUGUUUCCUACAAGGGACUCAUGGGAACAGGUAUAAAGAUCUUAAUAUGAAAGAUCAUGGUUUCUGGGAAUUUCUUUCAGAAUUGCAUCCA